GGCACCCAACCCUCGACGCGAACCGCACGCUUUUCCGCAGGACAGGUUUUCCUGGAGGUGAUUUCCGCCCUUGGCGAUCAUCCAAACCACUCUACGGCUACUUUUCCAGCAUCGUUUAGGGUUUUCCAACGGGUUUUCUUUGAUACUUGUGGCUAUUUGGAGGGAGAAAUAAAGAGAAGGCAAGAUGUUGAUCGGAUUGGUCAGAGAGUCGGUAAUGCAAUGCUUCUGUCACACGUGCCGGGCACCGAUACCAGCAGCUGCUGUCCACAGGAGGAAUAUUCCCAUUACGAAAGUCAAAACCAAACCAAGAACUAAUCAACCUAAACGUGUUCAGUUUGUUACUACGGAGGUGCGAUGCCAGGAGAAGACGCGCGGCGGGGUGCGGUACGAGGUCAUCCUGGGCGAGCCCGAGGUCAAGGCUGCGCCCCCCAAAAAGCCCCUGUCCCCCAAAAACUCCGUGUCGGUGCAGGACAUCGAGGAGAAGCUCAAGGCCGCGGAGGAACGCAGACAGCAAUUAGAAUCUUCUAAGAUUGCUGCUUUGUCAGCAAAGAUGCAGAAAAUUGAAGAGGCCAGUCGCAAAAAGGACGAACAGACCACUCAGUUCAUUACAGCUACUCGCGACGCUUUGGAACAGAAAAUGGGCACAGUUACCGAGAAAAGAGAAGCUUAUAUCAGCGACUUAAAGACCAAACUUAAGGAUCACAUUGAAAACGUUGAAAAAACUCGACUGUCUUUGGAACAACAAACUGAUGAAGUCCGUACUGCCAUUGAAGAGAAACUGAAAACUGCCACCAUUCAAAGGGAUGAAAACCUGAAGAAAAUGUUAGAACGUCUAAAGGAACAUGAGGAGCAAGUUCGAAAGGUAAAGUCCUCGAAUAACACUAAACUGCAAGACCUAGGGAACGCCAUCCUAACGAAGCUGGUCCAGGCGAGGAACAGGCGGGAACAGAUCGAACAGGAACAGCUGGAGAAACUCAAGAAAAACAAUUCCAGACCGUUCGAAAAGCAGAAAUCUGUAGAAUCCACUAUUGAAAGUCGAAAGUCCGAGGUGAUCAAUCUGAUCGAGAAUAAACUCUGCAUCGCCGAACAGAUUCGAGAGAAGGUGAUCCAGAAAAAGGUGGAACUAGCUAAGAAACAUAAUGAGCACUUAAACGAGGUUAAGCAAACGCUAGGGAAUCGUAAAAGCGAGCAAGUAAACAAAAUCGAAAACAAGCUCACCGCCGCCGAACAGAAGAGGGAACAGGAAAUGCAGAAGAAACUCGAGCAUAUUAAAAAACAUGAGAAACAUGCUGAACUGGUCCGUCAAAACAAGGCAGUACUGGCAGCUAAAGCUCCAUCUUCUGGUUAACGUCCAGGCAGCAGCGAGUAGUUAUCCCCUUCUCAAACUUUAUACUCAACUGCUUUAAACCUCGGUUAACUUAACCCGAGGUUAAAACUUAUAUCAUUAGGGAAGAGCACUCUCGAGUCCUUUCCUCGAAGUAUUGCUUUUAGACUGAAGUUUUUUUUUGUGAUCAUUUUAUUAUUCUUCAUUUACGAUUUAUUCUAAGUUUGUUUUAUUUGUAUUUUCUAUUUAAUUUUUAGUUAUUCUACAUUAUUUACCAUUUGACCAUACUAAAAUACUAAUAUUAUAUAUUUCUAGUUCGUUUUUAUUUGUUUGUGCAAAGUUUUGCGAGUUGAAAGUUUUUUUCACAGCUCGCAAACCGUGCUUUGUAUUUUGAAGGCUAGACCUACUUAAGAGAUUCUAAAAAAAAACAAAAAAAAAUAUAUAAGAAAUGUUAAAUGACCAGCUAGCUUAGCGUUGUGAGUAAGAACCAUGUAGCUUCGUAGUUUUGUUGCAAUUUCGGGUAGCUAGGAAUUUCAAAUUAUAUGAAUAAUUAUUUUGUAAAACUGUACAACAAAAAGGUAAGUAUUCUAAUAAGAAUAGAGGAUUAGAUUAGUAAGAAAUAAAAGUAUUAAAUAAUUUUAAGGUUCGGAAUAAAAGAAUAUUUUAUUAGAGGAAAAAACACAAUAUUUGUCUGAAGUUGUAGAUUUCAACGAGUGUUUGCAGUUAAAAUACAAGUGAUAACAAUUGGAUAGAAUUUUUCAAGAAAAAGUUAAAUUUCGUACAGUUGCAAAUAUUAGAGAUAAAAACUUAGGAGAUGUAUAUUUUAGUUAAUGUUUUUUUUUACUAACCAGAGGCGGGCUCUUAGGGAAUUAUAAAGGGGAGAACAAGAGUAUUGCCUGCCAUUGGUUGUUGAAUAACGUUAACCGAAAUACAUAUUGUAUUUUUGAAGAAAAGUGAGUAACAAUAAACUUAGUAACUUAAGACCACUCUAGGAAGUUAAUGUUACCUUUAAAAAUUAUUUCUAAAGUAUUUAUGUAUUAUGCAAGAUCUUUAGGUGUAAGUUACACUUGUAUGAAGAUUUGUUGGCAGAAGCAGGGUGUUCCAUUGAAGUAGAAACCGCCAUAUGACUCUAAAUAAUAAUAAUUGUAGAAUGGACGUAUAGGAUGGAAAUGAAUUUGAAAUUAUUUUUUGUUACUCGGUAAAAAAAAAUAAUAUACAAGUACAGAAAAUAUUUUCAAUUUCUUUUAUUUUUUACUAUGUAUAAUUAAACAUCUGGAUAUAUACAUUUCGUAAUAUCUUUUGAAAUAUACAGGGUGCGCCAUAAAUUUCGUAGCAUAGGGGAUUUUUUUAUUGAGUUAUUGAAAAAUGUGGAAUUACUUCAGUACUUAUGCCCAGUAACAAAGAAAAUGCAAAUGUCAUACGACAUAAUCACUGAUCAACAUCAUUUUAAUCAAUAUACAGUCCCUGUAUAUGUUUAUGAAUCUUGGUACAUAAACUUAAAAUUGAAUUAUAAACAACCAUUCUCUUGGUCCGUUUUCGAAAUUUUGUAACUUAUAACCCCACUUUUUCCACUUUUAUUUUUGGCGCACCCUGUAUAGAUUAAGAAAAGAUAUAUACGUUUAGAUUAUGUGUUAAAACGAUUAUGUUUUUAUGAUAAUUUACAAGAAUUUCAAACUGCGAUUUUCAUCUACUGUUUAAUUGUAACUACUUUUAUAAUUAUAAUAUUUAUUACCACUUGGUGUGUGUAUAGUGAACUUCUUUUAUCUUAAACGUGGAUUUAUAUAAAUGUGUUGUUUUUUUACUUAAAUGUAAUUAACUAAAAAUUUUACACCCGUUGGUAUUUUAUCCAAUGAUGAGAUUUUAAUAAAAACGCUAUUGCUGCCUUUUAUAUAAAAAUAUCUCGAUAUAAAUACGUAUAAAUAAUGUUAUUCUAAAAAAUGCUUAUGCAAUGGAAAGCUUAGAAAUGUUUUCUUAGGGAAAAUUUGGCUCAAAAGUUUAGAAAAUUUAAGGAUUAGAAGAAAUAUCAAGCGAGGACAUGAAAAAAAAACAGACAUAAGUUUUACCUGCUAGCUUCUGUGAUGGAUUGUUUAAUUUAAUUAUUACCUAUAUAAAAAAA